AUGGGCCCAAAAUCGAAAACCCUAAAAUACGUGACGUUUCAGCUGUUGCUCGUUCACUUUUAUCACUCGGAGCUUCUACCUUCUAACCUACCGGCGGCGAAAAUGGUUUUCAAGAGGUACGUGGAGAUAGGAAGAGUUGCACUUGUCAACUACGGAAAGGACCAUGGCAAACUCGUCGUAAUCGUCGACGUCGUUGACCAGAACAGGGCUUUAGUAGAUGCCCCUGAUAUGGAGAGGAUCCAGAUGAACUUCAAGAGGUUGUCUCUUACAGAUAUCGUGAUUGAAAUCAACCGAGUGCCAAAGAAGAAGGCUUUGAUCGAGGCAAUGGAAAAGGCUGACGUGAAGAACAAGUGGGAGAAGAGCUCAUGGGGUAGGAAGCUUAUCGUGCAGAAGCGUAGGGCUAACCUCAACGAUUUUGAUAGGUUCAAGAUCAUGUUGGCCAAAAUCAAGAAAGCUGGUGUCGUCAGGCAAGAGCUUGCAAAACUCAAGAAGGAGAUCACUGCCUGA